GUGUGGAGCAGUGUGCACGAGCAGCUAUAGCAGUCUCACAGUGAGCCACCGACAAUGACGCGCCGGAGCGCAUUUACGCAAACAGGAUGUCCACAGUUUGCUCCUAAUUACACAAACCAAUAUUUCUAAGAUAACAUAACUAUGUUUUAGUGAUUCCUGUUGUCAUAUUGUGGAUAAAAACAAAGGCCCUUGCAGUGGGAGUGGAUUGAGGGAAUAGCCACGUUCUUCAGAGAAGCAGCGAUGGAGGAGCAGAGGGACCCAAACAGCUCGGACAGCAGUGAGGGAGAGAGCGUCUCCCCGGAUCCCAGCCUGCCUUCGCCGCCCAUGCUGCCUCUGCAGGUGGCCCAGCAGGCCAACAGAACCACCAACUUUUUCAUCGACAACAUUUUGCGGCCGGACUUCGGCUGCAGGAAAGAGCACGGCCUGAGCCUGCGUGAGAGGGCGCAGAGCUCCGGCCGGGAACGCGUCCACCCGGCGGUCAGCAGGCCGAGCCUCCCCGGGACGCCGUGCCAGGACUCCAACUGCAGCAGUGACAGCACUUCGUCAUCCGCCUCCUCCACCUCUUUGGCGAGUCCCAAAAAGAGUAACGGCGGCAUAAGCGGAGGAACGGCAGCCUCCUCCACUGGGAGCAGCGGCCUGAAAGCCGAGGAGAGAACUGGCGAUGGGGCCGGGGGGGACACGUCUUCUUCGGUAGUAGUGCUGAGUGGUUCUGGGGGGUCCACACCGGAGAGCCAGCCGCUGCUGUGGCCGGCCUGGGUCUACUGCACCCGAUACUCGGACAGGCCCUCAUCUGGCCCAAGGACACGGAAACUAAAAAAGUCGAAAAGCGGCAAAGAGGACAAGCGGCCGCGCACGGCCUUCACCGCCGAGCAGCUGCAGCGCCUGAAGACGGAGUUCCAGGUGAACCGCUACAUCACAGAGCAGCGGCGGCAGGCCCUCGCGCAGGAGCUCGGUCUUAACGAGUCCCAGAUCAAGAUCUGGUUCCAGAACAAGCGGGCCAAGAUCAAGAAGGCCAGCGGCUUCAAGAACGGGCUCGCACUGCAGCUGAUGGCUCAGGGACUGUACAACCAUUCCACCACCACCAUCCAGGAGGACAAGGAGGACAGCGACUGACCCC